GUCGCUAUUACCGUGCAGUGAAGUGUAGUUACGCGCACACAAACCAUGACACAAACGGGACAGGAGACAGCGUAAAUCUCGUCGAAACUCGGCGAAACACAGUAACAGAGUCAUGUUAGUAUUUCCUGGUGGCUGGAAAGGUUGAAAGGAAGGCUCCUCCCGUCCUGCCCGGCCGGCCGGUGGGGAUUCUUCUGUUCCCCGUCCCCUUGCCAUCGCCUAAGAUACUUCUUCUUCUGAAGUUUAACGGCAGCUUGCAUCCUUAGUGUUUCAUUACCGCCAUCUUCUGGAGUGAUGUCUGCAGACCGCUGUUCCUCUGUCUCCUCCAUCUCGUCCAUCUCUCUGGUGGAUAUCAAGACCGAGACACAUCUAGUCCUUCAAGCUUUUCUCCAUCGGACGCUUUCCAUUCCCCAAACAGAGAGGCCAGGCAGAGUUGGAGGCACCUACCGAGAUUACAACAAGUACAGCUCCAAGCCACAAACAUAUUCAAAGGAUGGGUGGGAUUCUCAGGUGGAAGAUGUCAGUUCAGCGGAUGAGAAGAAGACUGGAUUCAAGGACUUCAUAAUGCAGCUGCCUCUUCGUAAAACUACACGUCAUCCUGCCAAAGACCCUAAAGGCUCCCUGAACAGGGACAGCAGGACAAGAGUGUCACACCUCAGAGACCAAACAGAUGACGAUGUCAUAUCCCCCUCCUCUACAUCAGAAGAAGAUGAAAGUGAGAAGAAGCAGCAGAGGAAGCUGAACCAAAAGAGGAUUAGGAGAAAGAUCUCCAAGUUCUUCAAGUUGAAGUUAGAAAAAGAGAAGGACAAAGAAGGGCAUGAAUCCUAUCCUCAGAGGCCUAACACACUGCAAAUUGACAAAGAAAUAGAACCAUUGCCAGCCAUCGUCUCUCCAAAUCACCCUCCUGAGUUCUAUAAUGAAGUAGCAGAGAAACUUGAAAAGAUUGCCCAAAGGUCCACCAGUAUAAAGAAACACAUACCCACAGCCCAGCCUUCACCAGCAGUGUCUGAGAAAGAGGCAGUGGUGCGGCAGCUUGUUCAGGUGCUCUCUUCAGAGGGAGAUUCUAUCAACACUAAGAUCCAGUCGGACCAAUUCCUGCGCUCCAGCUUGGCUCGUCUCUCCUAUGCAUCAUUUGCCAAGCUUCUGGACACUUACGGCAGCAAUCAGGUAUCUGAGGCCCCGUCCCUGCCGCCAGCAGCUAGUCCAACACUACGACGCCUGGCUGUCACCAUGGAGGUAUCACGGCGGAUAGUGACAGCCACAGGAGCCCAGCGCAUGCAAGGCUAUGCAGAGUGCUAUAUGGAGACCUUUGCCCCCUGGGUCAAGAACCACGGAGGAUGGGAGAAUGUGAUUGAUUUGGAGGAGCCUGCAGAGUACGACUGAGCUCCCAGAGUUCAAAAUGAAGAGAGACGGAUGGACCUCACUUUGCUUACCUACAGAGUUGUUGGGAUCCAAGGAUACCUUUAAAUAUGAACUUGUUCAUUUGAAGUGUUAAACUGGACCAAAAGGGAAAGGUUGGAAUAUGGCCACAUGUGUUUUACACAAAGAAGAUGUUCUUUCCUACAGCAGCCUGUAUGUAAGUCAUAAAACCUUUCUAGUAGUGGCUACAGACAAAGGAAACAGCCCGCCAGAUAACAGACCUCACAGUGGGGGUCCAGGAAUGCGGGCAAGGUGUGGUUUAAAGGCCAUAAACACCGGGCCGUCAUUGGUCAGAGAUCCUCGGAAACCAGACCCGUCAUCACGGCUACUUAAGCCAGAGAGACGCUCUUCUCUUCUCCCUUAUCGUUCACACACCCACACACCGGGUGAUGAUGACGUUUUGGACCUCGGCACGGCCCGACCCGCCGCCAACGCACAACAAAGGAUUACAGUACGGCAUGAGAGCCUGCUUCUUCCUGCGAUCCCUGGCAAGCGCACCGCUAACGGGAGUCAACAUCUGCAGCUUAAACAGAAAGUCUGUCAGCUGACUUUACCGGAGCAACGCGACAUUAACGCCAAGUCGUUAACUAUGCAGAGCAACGAGCGAAACGCCUUUCCUCUUGCUACCUGCACCAGUGGACAUCACACAGCAGAGACAGUUUUGGACUUCAGAACCGUAAUUUUGACCCACGCAGCUCACCCGCAACUCUUCUUCAUCUUCCUUUGGACCGUUGGUAACGUACUGGGCAUAGACAGAUAACAGAGUUAACGACUAAACAAAGACUGUUUAAUUACUGUUAAUGUUGCUGAUGUGUUUUAUUCAGCUUACUGUUGUAUUGUGAUGUUGAUUUGAUUAACGCAGGUUACUGUAGUAACUGUAGUCUUUCAGACAGUGCUAAGGUGAUGUUAGUGUUAUGCUUGACACAGACAUCAUCUUUGCAUGCAACUGACUCCCUUCUAAAGGCACGUUAAUCUAAGAUCACACACAUACAUAUAUCUUAUCUUAUCUUAUCUUAACCCUUAUCACACACACGAGGGUAGGGAUUCAAACCCUCGCGCUCCUCUAUGAUCUUUGUCUCUCACUAACACGUGUUUCACACCCUGAAACAUCUGGUCAGAGGACAAAGGACAUAAACCUUUUAUGGCGUGCAAACCCCAUGCACGCACACACAGACACACAGACACACACACACACACACACACACUUACACUCCUUUUUCCUCUAGCUUAGUUCCUUUAAGUUAGAUUGUAUAUUGUGUAGUUUCCUCUGUUUGCUUUUAUUAUAUCUGGUUAAUAAAUGUUUGUGUUUACAUA